AGCAUCGCAAGCUAACACGCUAGGCCUGCAGCAGAGCAGCGGGGCAGCUACUGAGAUCAAACCCUGCUGUCUGGGGAAAAAGGACAAGUAUUCCUUUAUGAUUCUGCACGAGAAGAAUUAAAAUCCACAAAAUAUGGUGGUUCUCAAAAUUCGAGAGCAGCCUGCUUUACUUAAAGCUAUUUUCAGCGUUGAGCCAGAUGAAGUACGCUCACUCAUAUUCAAAAAAGAGGAUGUGAAUGCACAGGACAAUGAGAAGCGAACCCCACUGCAUGCUGCUGCCUACCUUGGAGAUGCAGAAAUUAUAGAGCUGUUGAUUCUUUCAGGUGCAAGAGUAAAUGCCAAAGAUAACAAGUGGCUAACUCCCCUGCACCGGGCUGUGGCCUCCUGUAGUGAGGAGGCUGUCCAGGUGUUGCUGAAACACUCAGCGGAUGUAAAUGCCAGAGACAAGAACUGGCAGACACCACUUCACAUUGCGGCAGCCAACAAGGCCGUCCGCUGUGCCGAAGCCCUCGUCCCUCAACUUAGCAAUGUGAAUGUAUCGGACAGAGCAGGUCGGACUGCACUGCACCACGCAGCCUUCAGCGGUCACCUGGAGAUGGUGCGGCUCUUGCUCUCCAGAGGAGCUAACAUCAAUGCUUUUGACAAAAAGGAUCGCCGUGCAAUCCACUGGGCAGCUUACAUGGGACACAUAGAAGUGGUGAAGCUCCUGGCUUCACAUGGAGCUGAGGUGACCUGCAAAGAUAAGAAAUCCUACACCCCCUUACAUGCGGCAGCCUCAAGUGGAAUGAUUAGCGUUGUCAAAUACCUCCUCGACUUGGGGGUGGAUAUCAAUGAGCCCAAUGCAUAUGGGAACACCCCCCUCCAUGUCGCCUGCUACAACGGUCAAGAUGUGGUUGUGAACGAGCUCAUAGAAUGUGGAGCUCACGUCAACCAGGUGAACGAGAAGGGUUUUGCACCUCUCCAUUUCACUGCCGCCUCACGUCACGGUGCGCUCUGUUUGGAGCUCCUGGUGUGUAAUGGGGCUGAUGUCAACAUAAAGAGUAAAGAUGGCAAGACUCCUCUCCACAUGACAGCAAUACAUGGGAGGUUUUCUAGAUCUCAAGCAAUCAUUGAGAAUGGUGCUGAGAUUGACUGUGAAGAUAAAAAUGGAAAUACACCACUACACAUUGCAGCUCGAUAUGGACAUGAACUCCUCAUUAACACGCUCAUCACCAGCAGAGCUGACACAGCGAAACGAGGGAUUCACGGGAUGUUUCCGCUGCAUUUGGCUGCUCUCAGUGGCUUUUCAAACUGCUGCAGAAAGCUCCUGUCUUCAGGCUUUGAUAUUGAUACUCCUGAUGACUUUGGAAGGACCUGUUUACAUGCUGCAGCAGCUGGAGGAAACCUGGAAUGUCUCAAUCUUCUUCUCAACACGGGGUCAGACUUUAACAGGAAGGACAGCUUUGGCAGGACCCCUCUGCAUUAUGCUGCUGCCAACUGUAACUACCAGUGCCUGUUUGCUCUGGUGGGCUCAGGAGCCAGCGUCAAUGACCUAGACGAGCGGGGCUGCACUCCCCUCCACUACGCCGCUGCCUCCGACACAGAUGGAAAGUGCCUGGAAUAUUUACUGAGAAAUGAUGCACUACCAGGGAUACGGGACAAUCAGGGCUACAAUGCUGUGCACUAUGCCUCGGCGUACGGCCAUCGCCUUUGUCUGGAGCUGAUUGCAAGUGAAACCCCCUUAGAUGUGUUAAUGGAAACCUCAGGGACAGAGAUCCUGAAUGAUUCUGAUGUCCGAGCUCCUGUCAGCCCCCUGCACCUGGCUGCAUACCAUGGUCACCAUCAAGCUUUGGAAGUUCUGGUGCAGUCUCUACUUGAUUUGGAUGUUAGAAACAGCCAAGGGCACACACCCCUAGACCUGGCUGCCUUCAAGGGCCACGUAGAGUGUGUGGAUGUCCUGAUCAACCAAGGAGCCUCCAUCUUGGUCAAAGAUUUUACCUUGAAGCGAACCCCCAUACAUGCUGCAGCUACUAAUGGUCAUUCAGAAUGUUUGCGUUUGCUGAUUGGAAAUGCUGAUCUUCAGAGUGCCGUAGACAUUCAAGAUGGGAAUGGCCAAACUCCUCUGAUGCUGUCGGUCUUGAGUGGACACACAGAUUGUGUGUAUUCUCUUCUUAACAAGGGAGCCAAUGUAGAAGCCAAAGACAAAUGGGGCAGGACGGCCUUACAUAGAGGAGCAGUGACUGGUCACGAGGAAUGUGUGGAGGCCUUGCUUCAGCACAGCGCCAACUUCCUGGUACAAGACUGUCGAGGACGCACACCGAUCCACCUGGCAGCAGCUUGUGGACACAUAGGGGUACUGGGAGGCCUCCUGCACGCCACCCAAUCAGUGGAGACGCUCCCCAGCUUAACAGACAACCAAGGCUACACCCCACUGCACUGGGCCUGCUACAAUGGUCAUGAUACGUGUGUGGAGGUUUUGCUGGAACAAGAGGUUUUCCACAAGGCUGAAGGCAAUCCUUUUAGCCCACUCCAUUGUGCUGUAAUCCGUGACAAUGAAGGUGCUGCUGAAAUGUUGAUAGACACUCUAGGUCCUGCCAUUGUCAAUGGCAACGAUGGCAAAAACAGGACCCCCCUGCAUGCCGCAGCCUUCACUGAUCAUGUAGAGUGUCUCCAGCUGCUGCUGAGCCACAACGCUCAGGUCAACAGCAUCGAUGCUGCAGGGAAGAGCCCACUCAUGAUGGCUGCUGAGAAUGGCCAGACCAAUGCCGUCGAGCUGCUCGUGAGCAGUGCAAAAGCGGAUCUCACUUUACAGGAUGCCAUGAAGAAUACUGCACUUCAUUUGGCGUGCAGUAAGGGACAUGAAACCAGUGCCUUGUUGAUAUUGGAGAAAAUUACUGACAGAAACCUCAUAAAUGCUACAAAUGCCGCCUUACAGACGCCUUUACACGUGGCUGCAAGAAAUGGUCUGACCGUGGUGGUGCAAGAGCUACUCGCAAAAGGAGCCAGUGUCCUUGCAGUUGACGAAAAUGGUUACACACCUGCCUUGGCUUGUGCCCCCAACAAAGAUGUGGCAGACUGCCUAGCCCUCAUCCUGGCCACCAUGAUGCCUGUGUCCCCCUGCGCCCCGGCACCCACCCUCCCUUUCAGUGCCAUUAACCACUACACUACCAGCCCCUCUAAAAGCAUCACUUUCGACAGCCUGCCAGUCCUACGUGGCGAGCACAGUUCCUACUGCAGCUUCAACAACAUCAGCCAUCAUGACGGCUUCUACAAAGACGAGGAGCUCAAUGACUCUGAUUCAGAGACGUACUGAGGGAAGCAAGGAAGUGAUAAAUUGCAUCAACACAAACACUGUGUCUUAGAAAAUCACCCGCUGCGAGCUUGGGAGGUCAGCAAAAGGCGGAAGCCCCCCACAGGAGCCUUAAGAGUUCACCACCGACAGAAAGCAACUGAGGGAGGAGGUGCAGCAGGCUGGCCCACAUUCAUCCCGACCUCAUCCAGCACAAGGUGUUCUCCAGCAGAUACUGGGCUUCAGUUAUCACUGCUUUACAAACUGACUUAAUGAGUGUGGAAAAACUGAAUUUGUUGGAAAAAUAGCAACUGUUUAAUGGCAAUAACAUGCUGAAGAAGUUUGAUUGCACUCUGUGUAGAGUUAAACCAACAGGGACCAAAAGACAUGAAUGCAUUUUAACCCAGUUUUAACUGUGUAAAUGACUGAGGCUGAGAAUUUUGGAGUUUAUAGGUCAGCGAGGAUAAGGGAAAAGUUUUCAUUGAUUGAUGUCUGCACACUAUAUCCAUUGGAAUGCACUUGUGGUUCAAGUUUGUAAGUCAUGCAGGGGAGAAAAAAAAAAUCAUUUAUUUUUUUUAGAUCAAAAUUUUAAUAUGCCCAUUUUAAUGUCUUAAACUCCUUGUCCUCUAGAAAUCUGAGUCACUGACCUGAGUAAUUUCAAAAUAUUUGAUACAUGCACCAGUUGAUCAACCCCACCUUUAUAUACUGACUUGUUCAUUACGGUUUAGCCUUGAAAGAAUAAAUUAUUUGUGUCCUUUUGGUUCCUUUUCAUGUGUUAAUUUUGUGCCUUCAUUAGUUACAGAGAAGCCCUGGGUUUGUAGAGGCAGCUGUACGAUUACAGUGAAAGUGCGCAUUAGUAAACUUUUAAAGCACUGAUUCAAAACUGAGGCAUCUAUACUCAGCUUUCUAAAAAAAAAAAAAAAAAAAAGAAACACUGUAAACCAAUGAUAGGGCAACGUUUGAUUUUCUUCUGAGUGAUAUUUUUGCUCUUAUAUUCACUUUGCUUGCUUUAACUUAAAAAAAAAAAAAAAAAAAAUAGAAAAAAAAGAAAGGAACCACUCAAUCAUACCGGAUUUAAAAACUCACAGUUUUGUCUGUUAAAAUCAUUUUAACUGGAAUUAUGUACAUUUGCUAGCUUCAAUAGAAUGAAAAGGAUUUUUCUUUUCCUUGCUUUUUCUUGAGGAGGAAUGAAACUAGCAUGUAUAUAGAUAUUGACUGUGAAUUCGAAACCCGAAUGAAUUCUUUCAGUGAUACUGAGAUUGCUGUAUAUUUUAUGAGUAAUAAAUGAGUUAUUUAAUAAUGAA